CGUGGUAACUCAUUCUAAACUCGUUUAGAUAGCUUCGAAGAUGAACUCGUUGUUGAUAAUCACUGCUUGUUUGGUCCUGAUCGGAACAGUGUGGGCAAAAGACGGUUAUCUGGUGAACAAGAAAACGGGCUGCAAAUACGGGUGCUGGGAUUCGAAAGAUAACAAAUACUGCAAUAAGGAAUGCCAAGCGAAGAACCAAGGAGGUACUCACGGCUAUUGUGGUACUCUUGCGUGCUGGUGCACAGGUAUGCCCGAUAGUACACCGAUUUGGCCCCUUCCUGGUAAAAAAUGCAUCGCAAAAUAAUGGCAACGACUUUUGAUUGUCCGCCAACUGAAAUAUUGUAACGCUUCUUAAUUGCACUUAAAUGAAAUAAAAUGCAAUACCUUCA